AUGGAGGAACUGAGGGAGAUGAUGAGGUCACUCCUGCAGCUUCAGGCAGCCGGUGAGCAGCAGUUCGCACGGGUACAAGAAUGGGAAUCCAUGAUGGAAGAGGAGCGGAGGCAAGACGGCCGAUUGGCUAAAGGCUCGACGGGCAUUAACUCUGCUGUUGGGGCAUCAAAGAUCCUGGCGGAGAACCGGAAAUUGAUGCGAGAGCAGACAGAGGAGAUGCGCUUAGUGGAGGAGGCGAAGCCCAUCAUGGAGCGUCAGCUGCUGGAGGAGCUGGAGAGACAGAGACAGAGACAGCGACAGGCAGAGCUCACGGCCCAGAAGGCCAGAAAGGAAAAAGAAAAAUCAAAGCUGGAGCGAGCGGCAGCUAGGAAGCCGGAGAAGGUCAACAGCAGCCUACAGCGUCACCUGCAUCGCAGCACGCAGGAGAAGGAGGAGCGCCAGAGGGAGCUCAUUAGCAUGAAGGGGCAGAUAGCCACUCUGAUGCAGCGGCAGCAGUUCCGGGCGGACCCCGCUCAGCUGGAGAGGAAGAAUCGGAUCGCCAAAAGGAAGAAAGGGAAGCUUCCUUCUGACUUCACACACCCCCCCCCCCCCCCCUGA